UAAGGGUCUCUCGGAUAUACCCCAAAUUUGGCAGAUCUAGUCAAAGUCUAAAAUUCCCUCCCCGGAGAAAAUGUGCUGAUGAUGGUGAAAGCCAUGAAAGCGAGUCAGGGCCCGGCCGAGCUAAUAAUAGCCCUCCCAAGUGCUGGAAGUGCAACGGGAUCCCUCCUUUCCCUUUGCCCUAAGAAAGCUAAAAAGUGCCCAGGGGGCGGGCCCAGCUGCCCAUCUGACACCCGAUCCGCCUGGGCGUGUCUCUGCCCCCGGUUAAAUAAGAGGAGAAGGGCCAGAGCAGAAGGACCACACGCUCCAAGCCCUCGGUCGGACAUCCCUCAGCUCCCUGCUCGUCUCCCCAAGCCAAGCUCAACAUGUCUUUCUCCGCUGAUGAAGUUGCUGACUUCAAAGAGGCUUUCCUGCUCUUUGACAGGACAGGAGACAGCAAAAUUGCCCUCAACCAGGUAGCUGAUGUGAUGAGAGCUCUGGGACAGAACCCCACAAAUGCUGAGGUCAAGAAGGUCCUGGGCAACCCCUCUGCUGAAGAGAUGAACGCCAAGAAGAUUGAGUUUGAGCAGUUCCUGCCCAUGAUGCAGGCCGUUGCCAACAACAAGGACCAGGGCUCCUUUGAAGACUUUGUUGAGGGUCUCCGUGUCUUUGACAAGGAAGGCAACGGCACUGUUAUGGGUGCUGAGCUUCGUCACGUACUGGCCACUCUGGGUGAGAAGAUGAGGGAGGAGGAAGUAGAAGCUCUUCUGGCAGGUCAGGAAGACUCCAACGGCUGUAUCAACUAUGAAGCCUUUGUGAAACACAUCAUGUCCGUCUAAGCGGAUAUCUCAAGAACUGUCACAAGAAUGUCUCAGAACACCGGGAGCACCAGAACUGUACAAAAACCAGCAACUGGUUACAACUAACUAUACGGAACUGAACUGUACAAUACACCCACCAUUUUUUUUUUAUUUUUCAUCACUGGAAUUUCAACAUUUACUUUCAUGAACCCUGCCAAUAUUUAAAACGGAUCAAACAGGACGAUGCAACCCCCGACAAAGUUGGUGGCGAAAUCUUCUAGGCAGAUCUGUGUACCAUACCAUGGAGCACUGUAAAAAAAAAAAAAGACAUGUCAAUAAACACCUUUGCUAAUUUGGUGGCUACCAAGUCUUUUUAUUUAACCUGCCAAAGGCUUUGGGCCAGUUUUUCAAGAUCACUGCAAUUCUGCACUACCAGAGGUUCCAGUAACUGGCCCUUCUGAUAGUGGAGUGGUUAAAUUAUUUUAUUUCUGUAUUCAAAAAAAUAAAGUUUUAUUAAAAGAAA